GGGAUCCCGUCCCCGCCUCGCCCGCGGCACCGGACCGCGCCGGGGGUGUGCCGGGGGCGGAGCGGGCCGGGCCGGGCCGGGCCGCGGCGGGGGCGGAGCGGCGCGGAGCGCGGACAGCCGGCCGCGGGAGGCAGCGCGGCCGCGGGGAGCUAUGUCUGUGCCCGUGCCCGUGCCCGGCGGCGGGCGGUGAGCGGCCAUGCCGCGCAGGGUGGAGAAGUGCCUGCAGAUCGCCCCGCACUCCCUGGCCAUCGUCCUGGACGCCGCGGCCGGGGGGCGGCCGGGGGGCGACGGUGCCGGCGGCGCCGGGGCCGGUGCCCGUGCGGGGCCGGCGGCGGAGCUGGGCCGCCACCGCAUCGGCUACGAGAUCUUCGCGGACUUCAAGCGGGAGAACAUGCAGCACUUCUGGGACCGGCGGGCCACGGCGGCGGUGGCCGAGACCUUCUUCCUGGGCUGGAUCGACGAGCAGGUGCUGCUGGUGCAGGGCAAGGAGGAGCACCUGGAGGUGCUGCGGCAGGGCUGGGCGCGCCGCUCCCUCAAGCCCCCCAGCGGCUUCCACAUCAAGUGCCUGGGUAGGUGCCGCCGGGCCGGGCCGGCCCCGCCGAGCUGCCCCGGGGCACCCGCCGCAGGUGCCCGGCGGGGUCAGGGGGCGGGGGAGGAAAGGGGAGCCCUCCCCGCCGCGGGGUUUCAGCUCCCAAAAGUGGGUGAGCCGGGAUGGGAGCGGUGGCAUUUCGGGGAUGCGGCUCCGGGAGAGCUGCCCGCCACGGCUGUGCGGUCGGUGGGAGAGGCGCGUUCCCCCGUUCCCUUCAGCGGGCGAGGGUGAAAACAUCAACUGGAAGAGUUGGAAUAUAGCCCCUGCAGGAUGAAAUGCCCGCAGCGUGUGCCCGGGGCUGCUUGGCUCGGGAGUUAAAAGUUUUGUUUAUUAUUUCUAGGUGUGCUGAAACGAUAUUUUACUUUAUAUUCGGCUCUACGUGCUGUAUCGAACUAGCAUGCCAGCGUUGCUGUGAAGGUGUCUUUCCUAGCGAGAAGCAGCAGUAGGAGAUGAGUAACGUGGUUUUUUGCGGUGCAAGGCAGGUGGCUUUUGAGGCUAUAAACGACAAGGCUGUUGUGCCGUAGUGGGCUGGAGUUUCAAGUUACAGUGUGAUUCCCUAAGGGAUCCCAUCAGUGAGCAGUGGCGUAGGACAAAGCACACCUCAUCCUGAAUUUUCUCUGGGAAACGAAAAAAAUCCUAGCAUGGAGAGCAAAAAUGUUUCAGCACUUACUCUGGCAUGAAAAAAACCAACCCAACCCCUCCACCACCACCUCCAAACGCUAAGAUAUAAAGCUGUGGCUAUUUAGUGCGUAUGCUGGAGAGCUGCGAAGAACGACAGAGCAGAAGUUUUCCUUAAGAUUUAAGGCAACUCAACAUUCAUCACAGCUUGAAACGUGCAGCUUCUCUUGUAGAGAGAAGGAAAAUGGUGAGAAUCUGGUUUAUUGGUGGCUUAAUUACUUGCCAUGGCUGCUGCAGUGAUGGUGAGGCAAACUGUCUUUUCCUUGUGUACAAUUUGUAUCAUCUAUGUCCUAUGCAGCAGGCACAAUGAACAGGUCACAAAGCUAGAGAUGCCCUCUCUCUGCUGGGAGUUUCAGACCCUUAAAACAGGAUGCUUCCAUGCAUUUCUUUAAAAAAAAAAUUAGCUGAGUAAGGUUCCUGAAAAGAAUGGAACAUAAAUAUUCGAGGUUUCCCAGUUUCCUGUUUUUAAUCUGGCUUUUGGAUGUUUUUAGCUGCUUUGUCCUUUCGAACAAGCAAUACUGACUCAUAUAAUUUCUAGUUAUUAGCAGUCUUGUCUCUUGCAGAGUUGUCAGACACUUGUCUGUCACUCACUAUUUCUCCAUCAGACUUACUUGAAUAUUAGCAUUUUUUUUCUGUGCUGAGGGGGAAGGUCAAGACAAGUUGUCCUGUUAGAAGUGAACUGAUGGACCUUUUUUCCUCAUAAUAGCAAAUUUUCCUUUGAACCUCAGAUGACAAGACAGUGCUGCAGAGCGGGUGGUUAAUCCUGUUCUGGUGAUAGAAAAGUUUGUGUAGUCCACCACAAUCUGGAGAAGGGAAGAGGGUGGACAGUGAUUAGUGCUAGCUGCUCAGCCUAGCUCAUCUGAGCUUUUUGGCUGCAGUUGGAUGGAGGAUGAAGAGCUUUUGUACUGGCCCUGUCACCUGAUGGAGUAUCAGGGUCAGUGUUCGAUUUUUGGGGUGUUCCUGGGCCUUGCUCAUUGGGUGACAUUCCUCAGCCUGCUGCCCAGGAGGGCUGUGGAAAGGUGCAUUCUGACCUUGACUUUACUAAAGCCACCCGAGGAAUGUAAACAGGUCUUUGUGGCCUAUCUUAAAAUAUGGAAACAAAACUUUUGCUGGAAGUUCACGUUAAUAAGUAAGCUCACUGGUGUGCAAAUAAUAUGCAUUCCUUUGGGGGGUUAUCUUUGCUGGAAAUUUACAAAAGAUUGGAGCCAGAGCUUUUCAUUUGGCUUUAAAAAUAGCAAAUGCCUCUCAGCAUUUGAUUAAAGGCUAUGAAAGAAGAGCAGGGACCUGUUGGAGUCUUGCCUGUUGUGUAGUGCCUUAGCUGUGCUAAAUAUGAUGGAAGGAACUGAUUGACUUUUUUUUUUUCCGCUGUUUUUUUUUUUUUUUUUCCACUCCCAGACUGAUAAUUCUGGUCUUGUAUCUAAGUAGAUUCAACUUGCACUUACUGUAAAGUUAAAGAAUUGUCAAAAUAAUGGGCUUGGCCUGUGGGCAUGAGCAUCUGCUUAAAUGCAUGUAAUUGUAUUUUCAGCAUAAUUAGGUAGCUAAUGUGUAAGUGGCUGUGACUUAUUGAAGAACUCUCUCACACUUUAUUAUCUACUUUGUUUCAUUAAAGCAGCAAACAACACAUAGACAGAAAGAAAAAGUUCCAGUGCUUUUCAGCCUUAAAAAAUGUGGUUGGUAUCUUAGGCUGAUAGGAAAACCUGCCUGCUGGGAGUUGCAGAAUAGUAAUAUUUUACUCCUGUUAAUAAAUAACUGGUAGGGUCAAGGGGGAAAAGUGGCACAGUGUUUUUGAUGAAGGUGACAUUGUUGUUUUCUCUUGGUCUGAGUCUAGCUGGUUGUCCCCAUGCUUUGGGGGGAGUAGGGAUUGCCAUGCCCGGGCAGUGGGGGGGUGUAUGGGGGAACUGACCAGAGGGUCUUUCUCUGCACCCCAGGGCCAUUGGAAUACCUGGACAAUGCUGUGAUAAGUUGUUGGGUUAGUUCUUGUCUCAUUUCUCAGCUGGCUCUCUCUUUGCAGACAGGUGGGGGCAAUUUCUGCCUCACCUGCCCCUGGAGUCCAGCUGGGAUGGAGUAGCUGGAUGACCAGGGUGGGUGUGGGGCAGCAUCCCAGCCUCCUGUUGCUGUCUAGCAUGGGACAAGGGACAGAAAGGUCUCCUCAGCUGCACAGCCUCCAUGCACAGGUAGUAGAGAGCCUUGGACAACACUUCCCCUGUAUUAUGUUAAGUGCUAACAUGACCCAGAAAUCACAACUGCAGCCUGACUUUCAAACCUCUGCUGAUGUUGCUGGUAUUUCUCUUACAUUGUGGUCAAGUGCCUUGGCUCUGGUGGGUUGUGGUGGCUGCAGAGAUAAUAACUGGAGGAAGAUACAUCUGGUGAGGAAGAGGGAAUGCUAAAUCUCUAGUAUGCAGAGCAUAUUUUCUGCAGUUGGAAUUGUAAAAUGUAAACCAGGAGAGGCUGCUGAAUAGUCUUCCCACCUUUAAGUCUUGAUAAAGAAAAGUUCAUGAAAGUAUGCAUGUAGUUAGCAGGGGCUGGACAGUCCUAUUGUGCUCAGUGCAGGUGUACCUGAGCCACAAAGUGAAUGGAUUAAAAUCCACAAGAGAUUCCAGUCUUUGAAGAUUUGAAUUAUGAAAUUAGACCUGAGAAUUAAAUACAGCAGGAAUAUGAAGCACAUGAGAAAUUUGCUUAUAGCGCUGACAUCUUAGGGCUGGAGGGUAUGGCAGAUGAAGUGAUUCAUAUGUGACUUUUAAACUUACUCCUCUGGCAGUUUUCUUGAACUAAAUGAUUAUGCCAUAAAAGCUUGCUCAGUUACCAGUUUUGCAGUGAUCAAAGUUAUUUGGAUAUUAGGAAAUUGUUGGGUGUAUCGAGGUUUUUAAGUUGGCAGAUGGGAAACUUUGGGAAACAUAAGUAGUCUUUGAAUAAACAGAAUCCCCAAACCAGCACUUGCUUAAUAUGUUGAUUUAGGGGGUCAGGGAAGCUUUAUGCAAAUCUAUAGGUCCAGUGAUGAAAUUCAUUGUCUUCGGAAGCUCUCUUGUAACUUUGCAAGACUUUUGCAACUUAAGUCUUUAAUGAGCGUUAGUAUUUUAAUAAGAUUUCUUUUUUUUUGACACACCUUCUAUUUGCACUCACAAAUAUUUGUCAUUCUGAGAGCUGUUUUUUUUUUUUUUAAUUUCAGCUCUUCUGUGCUAGGUGUUGUCAGUGUGGUAGGAUGUUCCACCUCAUUUUCAUGUCUUCAUCGCCUUUUGUGUUCCCAGAUGAGACUUCCUUCUGUGUCUCUUGCUCUUGAUAUCUGUGUCACGGACAAUGGGCAUCUUUGAGAGGUUUUCAUAUGCUUCGCAGAAGGGCCAUGCCCUUCUGUAAAGAUUGCUUGAAAAGAAGUGACCAAACUUUAUAAUAACCCUUUGGCCAUGCCCAGAGCAAUUUCUCCAAUUAGAAGCUGAUGUUCAGAUGGAGUUUUUAAGAAAUGUUUGUGCAGUAAUUAAACUAACUAGCAGGAGUUAUAAUUCAGCAAAGUCGGCAGGGCCAGGCUGUUGUGCAUUGUUCCUGCUUGGCCAGGCGUAGGGGGGAAACUUCUUUUGCCACGCUGGGAGUUGGAGCUAAGUGCUCCCUUUCUUUUCUCUCCCUGCCAUAUCCUCUCGUGCCACCAAAAAAUUAAAUUAACACCCCACCAGUUUUAGGUUCGGUAAUUUUCACAAUAAGUCUUGCAGUCAUUAGUGGAUGAUUAUGGUGAAGUGUAGACUGCUGGACAUAAAAUGUUAUGAAUCUGUAGACAUUUAUAAAUCAUUAAUUUUUUUCUCCUGAUUAUCUCCUUCAUAUAAUGAAAAUUUCUUUUCAGUGAGGGAGCAUCAGUAAUAAAACCUCCAAUGACUUUACCAUACACUCAGCUACACCUUUUGUAUGCCUGACAUGGGAUUGUAUUCCUACCAUGGGAAAUUCAGUGGAUUUAAACAACAAAUUUUUUUUUCUCCUUCUCUACCACUCCAACCUAGAGCCAGUUAGAGAUUCACUAAGCACUUUUUAUAUCUGUAAGGUGGUUGCUGCAGCCUGAAAGUAAAGGGUAAACUUAAGCUUAUGGCCAGGCUGAAGUGCUUAUGAAUUUACUCCCAACUCUGAGUAAAGAACUUCACUGCUCACAAGUGUUGGGUUGGGCCUUUAAUGUAAUUUGUAAAAGCAGCUUUCAGAGGCUGGGGAGACAGAGACAAGAGCUAAAUGAGUAUGGACUGCAUAUAAAGUGCCUGAUUUCUCAGUAUGUGGUUUGUGCUUGUGUUGUGGGAAUGAAGUCUUAGAGUCAGAAUUGCUUUCUGCUCUUUAAAGAAAACUGUGGAUGGCCUGCGAGGCUAGUGCUAGUCAUCAGAAAUGUGUUGUGAAAGUAAAAAACACAAGGGAAGGAAAGAUAUGGCCUCUUUAAUUUCAUUUUUUCACUCAAAGCAGCUUCUCUUGAACAAGCAAAGUCAAAUACACAGAUCUGUGGUAUUCAUUGUGCAACUCAAGGGAAGGAUUUAUAAGGUUAAUAGCUAGCUAGUAGUGUCUCCCCACCUCCUUCCUCCCCACAAAGAGCGCCAUUGUAUAGCAGAGCAUCUUUUCCGGUGGCAGAUAAGUCAUCCAGCCUUGCCAGUUAAGUGCAUGCUCUGUGUGAAAAGCAAUGCUGUAAGGGAGCUGUGGUGGCCGAGAGCAGCCCUUGGCCAUGGGGCUUUGACAAAGCAAGAGAUCUCUCACUCUCUCCAUCUCUUUGUUUGUGCAUGAGGGUCUGGUCUUUAAUUAAAUGCUCCUCAUUCCCUUCCUCAAAGGGCCCUUGUCUUUUCCAGGGAGCAGCACAUGGGUGUGCACUGAAUGAAGCCCUUGUCAGGUGUUAUUCCCAGCACUUAAGGGGGCUCCUGGGCUGCCAGCAUCAUGUGCCACCAGACCAGUCACUAAAUCACCUUUCCAUCUGUCCCACUGUUCUAUUUUACAUAGUCAUUUUUGGAUUUAAGAAGACUGAGGUGAAUGAGGUGUCCAGGGGCUGUGCAAUGGAUAACUAUGGAGCUGCUAGUCACAGGCAGCUCCAUCCUGCCCACUCAUUUUUACCACUUUGUGGCAUGAAAACUCAGUUGUGUUUCCCCUUUUGUCCAUCUUUGUAAUUUGCUAAUGAGAGGCGUGUUGUUAAAUACUUUACUUAUCAAAGUGUAAUGAUUUUAGUUGACAAAGCACAGACCGUGCGUGUUGCCACAGUUUAAAAUUUUGCUUUAAAUGAGUUUUGAUUCAUAGAAUGGCUUGGGUUGGAAGGGACCUUAACAAUAAUCUCAUUCCACCCCCCGUGCCAUGGCCAGGGAACCUUCUAGCAGACCAGGUUGCUCAGAGCUCCAUCCAACCUGGCUUUAAGUGCUUCAAGGGAUGGGGCACCCACAGCUUCUUUUGACAACCUGUUGCAGCAACUCACCACCCUCACAGUAAAGAAUUUUGUCCUAGUAUCUAUGCUGAACCUUCUCUCUUUCAGUUUAAGGCCAUUUCCCUUGCCCUAUCACAUGCCCUUGUAAAAAGUCUUCUCCAAGCUCCCUUGCAGGCCUCCUUUAGGUACUGGAAGGCCUUCCCAGAGUCUUCUCAGUCUGUCUCUAUGAGAGAGGUGCUCCAGCCCCCGAGCCUGGAGAAAUGUGCAUUUAGUGCACAGAGAAGGGCUCUAGGAAGGGUCAUCUGUGUCUGAAAACACUGCUGUCCCUGGGCUUGACUGGCAGGUUUUUGUUUCAGCUCUUUUGUAAAGGCAGUGAUAACAAAGUUGGCACUCUCUCCCAGCAAUUCUGGUGCUGUUUCCUCAGGCCAUGAUUUUGGAUGGUAAAUCUCUCCUCCUUUCUGCAGGCCAGGAGAAUCACAGCUUGUCCCCCAACAGGAUGUGCCAAAGCAUUACCACAUUCUUGUCUGCAUUUUAGAUGCUCUUUUGUAGAGUGUAGCAGAAAAGGCAUAACCCAGGUGGAUUGAGUGUCCUCCAAACUCCUGGCAUCAAAAGCUGCCUCCCAAGCAACAUCGCUCCUUCCUUUGGCUAUGGCAAACAUGAUAGGCAGGCUUCUCUUUUCUUUUAGUCAUCAAGGAAAGCCUAAAGUGUUCGGAGAAAAUAAAAACUACAACCAGAUGGUGGUUUCCUCUGCAGAAACUGAGGCUGUGAAAUGUGAGGAUGGAAGGAACUUCUUAAUAGUUUUCUGCAAUAACAGAAAUUUAACAGGGUUCUGAAAAUUCAAGCUAUCUCCAAACUUUUUCUUCUUUGUUUUAAAUACAAAAACAUAAAUAUUUUGAUUAUUUUCUAAUGAUGUUGACUGCUGGGAAUGUUAUUGCAGUCUCUGGUUUCCGAUAUUGAAACUGCUCCCUGGGUGGGCCAGAUCUGGAAAGAUUUUUAAGGCUAUUACAUUCUUGGAAUAAAAUCCCUUCACCUAAUAUGUAAACAUGCUUUCUUCUGUCUGCUGUACUUGAUCCCUCUAUUUAGGACUUGGGAUUUCACCUGAGACCCAUGAUGAGAAGUACCUGAAUGUAAAGAAGGUACAAACACAUGCAUUUUGAUGAAACAAAGUGUUUUCAUGUUGAUAUUUGAGCAGGUCUUCACGCCUCCUUUUUAAACUGUUCUGUUCAGGGGUCCUGUUCUGAGCCACAGUAGCAUUUGAGCAUACAUUCAAAAGUCAAUAACUACCCUGAAUCUGAAUAGGGGUUCUUCUAGUUGCAUUUUUUUUUCCUGUAACAGAAAAGCAAUGGUAUAAUAUUACUAUCAACACUUAUUAAGCUGCAUUUGGUUUUCUUUUGAAAGCAAGUUAGUAUUCUGUGCACUAAAUUAAUGCACAGACUAAUGACUUCUGUAGUGUAUUUUCUGGAGCUGGAUGGAAUUCUAAUCCAUGUAACAUGAGACUUUGUUGUUCUUGCACGUGCAGACGGGAUGGGGUAUCAAAAUGGCAGAAGCUGGAGUAAAAUACAGCAUCCUUUUAGCUUAACCUUGAAUUCCACCAUCAGAUAACUGAUAAGGAGACGUGCAGGUGGAUCAAGAUUGCUCUUUUAGAAGUACAAAUCAAUUCACUUAAGCUCUGAAAAACAACUCCAAAUUUGG